CACAGGUGCAGCCUUAGCAUUUGCGAGCCCGGGAGAAUCUCUUUCCUCUCUGCAGUAAGAAGCCCUUGUAAGGGCUGGGUGGCACUGUGAGGGUCGAUAGAAUGACGAGUUGCGACGGCGUCGUAUGCUGCCUCGGGUGAGUGAAUGAGCACCGCAGACACACACAACAGGCGAGAAGAGGAGAGCUGCCGACGAAGAGAGGCUCCACGGCAUGGAGGGCCCUUGCUUUGAAAGAACUUUGAAGUCGCGAGGACUAAGGCGUUUGUUUGUCUGUUUGUGUGUGCGUUGUUCAAAUCCGAUUGCGCAGGUGCCUAUCGCUCGUGCCAGGUGCUGCCUCUGCAGGCCUGCAAAUGCAUGGACGAGCGAGCAGAUUCCUGUCUGUGUCUUGCUGAUCGUUUCGGUGCAUGCCUUGGUUCGUUGCUUGCUGUUUGUUUGUUCUCAUCAUUUCUUGUCAGGUUUGAAGAAGAAGAUAGUGAGCAACAUGGCGUUCUUCCCGCCGCGGCCGCCCGGCUACCGCAUCGACGACGGGGCGCCGGGGGGGGGCCACCCGCUGCAGCGAGACUGGGACGGGUCGGUGGUGCAGGUCUUCCUCAGGUCCAUCAUGCAGCUGCCGAUGGGUGGACAGCAGGGCAGCAUGCAGCCCAUGCCCAAAACCAUCGCAGUAGGUAGGGCAUCGGCGCAUUGAUGGCUGGAGGGUUGGAUGGUUGGAUGUGUGGUGUGUAUUUUAUGGUAUGGGUGUGUGUGUGUUGGUUGCAGGUAGGAUAAGUGUGGAUGCGGUGCGGCUGCGGACGGGCGAGGGCAACUACAUCUGGGGAUUCCACUUCAGGCACCACACACCCAAGUACCUACCUGCACACAUACACACGUGCCCAGCAGCUGCCAGGGAGGGAGGGAGGGAGGGAGGGAACGGCGUCCAUCCACUCGCUCUUGGCUGCGUGUGGUGUGCAGGAACGGCCAGUGGACGCUGGUCUUCUCUCACGGCAACUCGACGUACGCCACACACACACACACACACACACACAUAUGCCCUCGCCCAUAUGCACGUCUGCCUGCCUGCCUGCCUGUGUGUGCGUGUGCUGUGUGUGCGGCCCACACACAGGGAUAUAGGGAUGAUGUUUCAGCACUUCUCGGACCUGGCUGAGAAUCUGGGGGUGCGUCCGUCCGUCCGCGAGUCGAUGGACGCCAGCCAACCAACAAGCGUAGUCUGUGCGUGUGCCGUGUGUGUGUGUGUGUGUGGCGUGCAGAUCCAUGUGUUUGCAUACGACUACUCGGGGUACGGCUGCAGCACCGGGGAGCCCAGCGAACACGCCCUCUACGCUGGUAGGGGGACUGGACAUACGGGCUGACUGACUGGAUCUGGAUGGAUGGAUGGAUGGAUGGACAGGCACACACACACACACACACACAACCAGCUACCCUUGUGUGUCUGUGACGUGACAGAUAUCGAGGCUGUGUUCCGCCACCUGGUGCACGAGCAGCACAUCCCACAGAAAUCGCUCAUACUGUAUGCAUGCCCUCCCUGAUCAUCAAUCAGCACACACACACAUUCUUCGCACAUAUGGGUGGGUGAAGACCAAAGAGUGUGUGUGUGUGUGUGUUCAGCUACGGCCAGUCAGUCGGCUCCGCCCCUACGAUAGACUUGGCCUCUCGGGAGGAGGUUGGAGGUCCGCCAGCACACAGCAGACAGCACACGGCACACGGCAUGUCUUCUGUGCCUGUACGUGUGUAAGUGUGUAAGUGUGUGUGUGUGUGUGUAUGCAGGUGUGGUGAUCCACAGCGGCAUGAAGAGCGGCCUGUCGGUGUUGAGGAAGGUCAGCCACACACACCACACACCACACACACACACUCAUCCAUCCAUCCAUCCAUUGAUUGAUUGAUUGAUUGAUCAGGGCAUGGGCAACGCCCCUUGGUUCGACGCGUUCAAGAACGUCAAUAAGAUCCGCAAGGUCAGGUGGCCAGACAGACAAAGAGACAGACAGCCUGACUGACCUACACAUCACAGUGUCUGUGUGUGUGUCUGUGUGUGUGUCUGUGUGUGUGUCUGUGUGUUUUGCAGGUGAUGUGUCCGGUGUUCGUCAUGCACGGCAUGAACGAUUCAGAAGUGCGUUGCGAGCACGGCGAGGUACUACAGUAGGCACACCCAGACGGACAGACGCCCACACGCACGAUUGAUCACUCUACAAACCAACCGUGCGAUGGUAUCAGGCCCUUGCAGAGGCCGCCAUGUGCAAGUUCCCUCCCUGGUGGGUCUUCGGAGCCGGCCACAACGACAUAGAGGUCGGCCAUUUCACCACACCACAUACCAAGCCCCAACACCCACACGGGCUCUUGCCAUUGUUCUUGAAUCAUUUCAUUCCUGCAGGUGGUGUCCCGGUCGCUGUACUUCAAGAAGCUGACCGAGUUCAUCCAGCACAUCAACAAGCUCGCCCACACACACAGCUACACCUACGCCCACUCCUACACCCACCCUGUCCACGGACACGGACACCCCCAUGGGCACCCAACCGCCGCAACCGCCUCGGCAUCACGGCUCACCGUCCCCGGGGACCAGUACCAGCACCACCAGCAGCACGCACACGCCUACCACCCCCCAUCGCACCCACACCCACACCAGCACCCUCAUGCACAGAUGCCGGUGCACGUGAACGUGGUGCUCCGCACCCCCCAUAUGGCGACCACCAACACGACCACGUCUGUGGUGGGCGACAUGGCGACAGCGGCCAGCAGCGGGGGGUUCAGCAGCCUCUGGGGCAGCGCGGCGGGGGCGGGGGGCGGCAUGAUGGCCACCAUGGCCACCAUGGGCAUCAUGUCGGCUUCUGCUUCGGGCACGAACCUCUCCAGAUGGGCCGGGUCAGUGAGUGAGCGAGAAUGGGCAUCAUGUAGAUCGUAUCGUUGUGAUUUGUGUUGUGUUGUGGGGUGUCCGUGCAGGCAGCAGCAGCAGCAGCAGCAUGAUGGGCGGGCGUCGGCUUACCAUGACCACUACAUGCGCCUCCAGUGAGUGAGCUUGUGAGCUGCCGCACCCCGGUGCGUGUGCCUUUAUACCAACCAUAGCUAUAUCUAUUCGAUGAAUGGAUGGAUGGAUGGAUGGCUGUGUGUGCGUGUGCGUGUGUGUCCAUCCGCGGGCACGCACCAACACGUUUUAUAUAUUCCGCUCGUCCGCUCGCUGUGUGGGCGUGGCGUCGUCUGCGUAAGUGUGAGUGUGAGUGUCAGUGUGUGUAAUGGUACCUAAUUCGUCAGAUAAGUGAGUGGAUUGGUAUGUCGAUGGAUGGGGGGUAUAUAUGUGGGUGGGUGGGCAAUGAACACCCAGCACCUCCUCGUUCGUUCGUGUGUGACCUUUUGUCGGAAUUCGCGCACACACACAUACACAUACGCCCUUUGACCGCAUGUGUGUAUGCGCCUGACUACUCACUUUCUCAUUCGGCCAUCCAUCCAUUCCAUUCACACCUUUACAUGCCCAUUCACCCGACCGGAUGAGUUACCAGCUAAGGGUUUUGACAGUGUCUGCAGCAGGCACCCGCCCCGCCCCUUCAACUGUCGGCCGACAUAUAAGUGUCCACAGAGAGAGAGAGAGAGAGAUGGAUGGAUGGAGAGAGAGAGAGAGGAUCUGACUGACGUGUCUGUCGGUUUGUUGGUGUCUGUCUGUUGGUUGGUUAUGCGGGUCAAUCAGUCAGUACUGAGCGAGCGGUGGCCGUGGAUAGAUGGCUGGCUGGCUGGAAGGAUGACCUGUAGAUAAUGAUGGGUGGACGGACGGAUGAACGGAUGCGUGUGCGCUAAAUGCAUGCAAGAGGGGGGGCCGACCAGGCAGGCAGACAUGCGGACAGGCAGGAAGCUCAUUGAACUACUCGGUCUAGACCAACCAAC